AUGAAUAGACUUGGAGCAAGUUCCAUCUCCCAGGAUAAGAAUAAUGACAAGCUAAAACAUGAAGUGGGUGGUGGUGGUGUGAUAUGUCGGGCUUCAUCCGAAUCCAUGGCAUCAUUUACCCGCACGACUCACCGCAAUAGGCAGGGACUUUUCCUCCGGUCGUGGUUCUUGGAAUGGCGCUUUGCCUCAUACAAUCGAUUAUCAAAUAUUCCAAGCUCUUGUAUUGCUACAACGGACUUAACUGAAAGUCCUUUCGAGAAAUGCCUUGCAAGACGAGCUCUAGAUUCUUUUGGGACGUGA